CAAUUAGCUUAUUCCGUAAGAUGUUCAUUCACUAGACGCGCUGUAAAAAUCCGUUAGUCUAGCCCUGCCACUCAUUUAUAGUAGUCGAUGUUUCAGUGCAACGGCCCGGCAGCCAUAUUUGGUUAAGAUGGAGAAAAAGUAUUUGCGCUUCAAGUACACCGAAGAAGAUUUGAUUAAAGCUAUAGAUGAAAUUAACAAUGGAAGUGUAAGUUUGAAUAAAGCAUCUUUGAAAUAUGGUAUUCCUAAAUCUACUCUACACAAUAAAAUUACAAAUAAAGUGCCGUUUGAAAGGAAGAUGGGUCCAUCCACAGUUUUGAGUCCCGCUGUAGAGGAGAGGCUGGAAAGUUGGAUUUUGGCAAAGGCAAAAUUAGGCUUCCCAAUGCAUCCCAGUAAUGUCAUGGAUGCUGUCCAAAAUAUUCUCAAAGAUGGUUCAAGACCAAACAAGUUCACCGAUGACAGGCCUGGUAAAAAAAGGUUAAAACUGUUCUUGCAGAGGCACCCAAACAUUGCCAAACGAAAUACCGAAAUUAUAUCAAAAUCACGGGCUUCAGUUACGGAAGAAGCCAUUCGCGAAUGGUUUGCAGAAUUUUUGACAAAUGAUAAUUUAUUGGACAUGAUAGGCGAUCCAACUCGCGUUUUUAAUACCGAUGAAACCGGUAUGAAAACAUGCAUGAAAUCAGGGUUAGUCCUAGGUCCGACUAGAAAAUUCAACAACCUUUACGAAAUUGCUUCUGCAGCCGAAAAAGAUUCUAUAACAGUAUUAUGUAACUAUUCAGCAGCUGGUGACGCAGUCCCGCCAAUGGUCGUUUUCCCGUAUAAGAGGAUACCUAAAGACCUAGCCCUUUCUGUUCCUCCAGGUUGGGGUAUUGGGCGAUCUGAUACUGGAUGGAUGACCUCCGCAACAUUUUUCGAAUACGUUGCUAACGUAUUUUUUCCAUGGUUGGUAGAAGAAGGAAUUCAGCUACCAGUUUUUUUAUUUCUAGAUGGGCAUAAGUCCCAUUAUAACAUAGAGCUAUACGAAUUUUGUGUGGAGCACAAAAUAGUUCUGUAUUGUUUAUAUCCCAAUGCAACACACAUCUUGCAGCCCUGUGAUGUGAGCAUUUUUCGACCUUUGAAAGUGGAGUGGAAGGAAGUGUCACGCAGACACAAGCAACGAACAAGUACCCCAAUUACACGCCACAAUUUCUGUAGCAUAUUCAAAGAAGCAUUCGAUAAGGCCUGUAAGCCUGACACUAUUAUUAAUGGCUUUAGAGCAUGCGGAUUAUAUCCACUAAAUCCUGAUGCUGUUGACUUCUCAAAAUGCAUUUCUGCAAGGCGCAAGGAAAUCUUCGGUAGAAGUGAAGUAUUGACACAUCAAGAGUAUCAAUCGUCUUUGAAAGUUGUAGAACAGUUUUUGGACAGAGUCAGAAUAAUUGAGUUUAAUAGGAAAUUUAAUUCGAAAGAUGAAGAUAAAGAGAAUGAUGACGAAAUGUAUCGUUUUUGGAAAUCAUGUAAAAUUCAAGCUGCUGAAGGUUUUUGCGCAAAAAUAACGACUCCUGCAGAAGAAAAAAUAUUCAAACCUAAUAUUCGAGAAUACCUGGAAAUUGUUGAAAAAUAUUCUGAUGCCGAGGUACUAAUCAUUUAA